AGUCAUUAUUUAUAAUUUUAAAGUGAUAAAUUAGAUAAAUAAACUAAUUAUAUAGAUUUGUCUUAUGAUGAAACGAUCAUAUAAGACAAGCUCAAGAUAAGUUAAUUAAUAAAUUCAUUCAACAACCACGCAACGCCAAAGCUUUUUAUCCCGAAAGAUUAAAUUCAACUUCAUGAAUCAAUAAAUCAAUUUCGGUGGUUCGUUGUCCAUAUAAACUCGUUUUCUCUAUUCACUUUGAUUUUCUACAAUUUUAAUAUGUUUGUCUGAAUCUUUGAUAUUUUUUUACUCUUGCUCGCGAGGUUAUUUUCUUAGUUAAUUAAUAUUUUUUUCAUUUUGAAAUAUUCAGUACCUUUUUGUAAUCGACUAUUCUUGUGAGAGACCGUCUCUCAGAGAGACGACCUCAAAACAUAAAGCUUAGAUUCUUAUUUUCUCUUUAAGUUGUAUUAAUUGGACUAUUUAGCCUAUAUAUAUAAUGCGUCUCUCAUAAUAAUUUGUGUAUUGUAAUAUGUUGUAUAAAUAUAUGUCGCUAUCAAUAACAAGUAUAAGAUGUAGUAAGUGAUUAAUGAAAAACUAUCAUAUGAUUGCGUAUUUGCUCGCACGACUCAAAAUAAUUAAAAAAUUGAACAAUUGCCAAUCUGUAAACAUGACCACUAACCUUAGCUUAUUUAUAAUAAUAAUUAUUAUAACAUAAUUAAUUGAUUAAUUAAUUAAACCUUCUCUUUUUUUUCUAUCUCCCACCAUCUCCAUGAACUCUCACCUUUAUACACUUCCUCAUAUGAUAUAAAUCUUCUUCAUUCUCCCUUUUUUUUUUUGUAUUUUUAACCCAGAAAUAUCAUACCUUUACUUUUAAGGACACCCCUUUUAUUAUUUUAGGAGCACCAAAUAUUUUUUUUUUGGUAUUAUUGGCUUUUUUGGGUGAUCCAAAUAUUUAUAAUUAACCAUGGUUAUGCAAAAUAAACAUCAUAAGAGUAGAGUAAGUUCAUAUCUUACUAAUGAACAAGAUGAUCCUCAAACCUCAUCGGAAAAUGCACUCGAUUCGCCACUUUCCGGUGACGAAAUAAGAACCACCGCUGCCGCCGCCGCCCCUUCUCCGAAGAAAAGAAAAGGUGUACAGAAAAGAGUUGUAUCAGUUCCCAUAGGAGAUAGUGAUGGAUCAAGAAAUAAAAGUGAAGCAUAUCCACCGUCUGAUUCAUGGGCUUGGAGAAAAUACGGCCAAAAACCCAUUAAGGGUUCUCCAUAUCCAAGGGGAUAUUAUCGAUGUAGUAGCUCUAAAGGAUGCCCGGCUAGAAAACAAGUCGAAAGAAGUCGUUUGGAUCCCUCUAUGCUAAUCAUCACCUAUGCUUGUGAACACAACCAUUCAAUCCCUACAACCAAGUACCACUACCAUCACCACCAUAACAACCACCAUCAAUCAUUAGAAUCCACCCCGAAUGUUGCCUCUCCGACAACUUCUCCACCACCAACAAGCCCUCCUAAUUGUGCCACCCAACCAAGCUCUGUCGAGGAUGAUGGUGACGACGAACCAUCACCGUCUCCAUCAUCCCCAUUACAUGUUAACCCAUUUGGUGAUCCACCAAAAUUAGAGUUUGUUGGGGACACAUUGAUGCUAGGAAAUUUGGGGGUUGAGUAUAAUUGGAUUUCUGAUUUGUCAUUUGAUACACCUGCUCUUGUUGGACCUAAAUGUGAAGAUAUUGAAUUAGCAACAUUUUCUAUGAAGGAGGAAGAUGAAUCGUUAUUUGGAGAUUUAGACGAGCUUCCAGAAUGCUCUUUAGUUUUUCGUCGCGAUCAUAGAAAAAUCGAAAGGUGUACAAAUGCUACUCCGAUAUGUGGUAGUACGUAAUUUAUAGAAAAAUGUUGAUUUUAAAACCUUUCCUUUUUGUUUUUUUACUGCUUUCUCCGAAUCAAAAUAAUUGAUAUGCUUUCAAAUAUUAUAGAGAAAUGAGUUUUAACAAAAUUUAAAAUUAUAUGGCAUCGACCAUUUUAAAGCCGAGAAAAUAAUAGUUGAUUUCUAACAUAUUUAUUUUUCUUUUUAAAAUUAUGGUGAUUGUUUAUUUAUUCAUCACCACAAAGAUGUGUUGUCAUAUACUAGAAAGAGUUAAAGAAUUCACAAAUUAUUUUCUUCUCUUGAUUGUUGAUUUAGAAUUUUGGUUGAUGAACAUACAAGUUUUUUCUUGUAAUCUUUUGUGAAUUAGACUUUUGAAAUAAGAACUAGUUAUAUUUUUAUCAAA